AUGGCAUAUCUUUUUGCUUGCAUGGUCCCCUCCGUGCCUGCCUGUAACAGGAGGAAAUUUGUGGUCCAGUUCUCCUCUGCAUGCAGGUAUGCCUAUUUUGCCUGUUGUGUUUCUUCCCUUUUGUUCGUCUUCUUUCUGACUGACAAUGUAUAUCAUCAGGCUGAAAGUCUAGAAGAGGCUAUCCAUAUUGUUAACAACAAUAGGUAUAGUAAUGGAGCGUCUAUAUUUACAAUGUCCGGUAUAUCUGCCAGGAAAUUCCAAACAAAGAUAGAAGCUGGCCAGGUUUCCUUGGAUCUGAAGAUGGAAGGGGAUCAGAUUGGGACAGCGAGCUCUCGAAUUAUGAAAGAAAAACAGUGAGGAGAAAUGACAGAGAUAAUAUGAUAAAUUAAUCUACUCAACUUCAUCUUCCGCCUAACCCAUUUUAUCAUUUGAUAUAAACUAAUUACCUUACUAUGUAUCUAUUUUGCAGUGCAAUAUAAUGUCUUCAAAAUACUGAUCAAGGAUCUCAAUGUCCAAGAGGCGGUCAUCAUUGUAAGUUUAUUAGUAAAUUCAUAUUAUGUGAAGCUUUUCGUGUUGAAUUAAGUUGUUAUAUUGUCCAUAAAUAUUGGAUUAUGACUCUCUUUUCUUUGUCUAUAAAUGUUGAAUUGGAAUC